CGUUCCCGGGUCGGGCAGCUAGAGAGCAGUGCAGGGAGCGCCAGCCCGAGCCGCGAGCUCCCUUCCUGUGGGCAAGGCCGACAGCGGAGCCGAGCGCCGGCCGAGGCCCGGCCCGGCCGCCCCCGCUCCGCUCGCCCAUGGCGGAGACCAAGAUCAUCUACCACAUCGACGAGGAGGAGACGCCGUACCUGGUGAAGCUGCCCGUGCCGCCGGAGAAAGUCACGCUGGCCGAUUUCAAAAAUGUCCUCAGCAACCGGCCCGUGCACAGCUACAAGUUCUUCUUCAAGUCCAUGGACCAGGAUUUCGGGGUGGUGAAGGAAGAGAUCUCAGAUGACAACGCAAAGCUCCCUUGCUUCAAUGGAAGAGUGGUGUCCUGGCUGGUCCUGGCUGAAAGCUCCCACUCUGACACGGGCUCGCAGUGCACCGAGAGCCACGUGGACCUUCCACCAGCCCUGGAGAGGACAGGGGGCAUCGGCGACUCCCGGCCCCCCUCGUUCCACCCCAACGCUGCCAGCAGCAGGGAUGGCCUGGACAACGAGACGGGAAGCGAGUCCGUGGUCAGCCACCGGCGCGAGCGGCACCGCCGCAGGAACCGCGAAGGCCACGAGGACGCCCCCAGGAUCAACGGGCACCCCAAGCUGGAGCGGCACCGGGAGCACGCGCCGGGCUACGACAGCUCCUCCACCGUGCUGAGCAGCGAGCUGGAGUCCAGCAGCUUCAUCGACUCCGAGGACGAGGACCACACCAGCAGGUUGAGCAGCUCCACGGAGCAGAGCACUUCGUCCCGCCUCAUCCGCAAGCACAAGCGCCGGAGGAGGAAACAGAGGAUGCGGCAGAUUGACAGGUCGUCCUCGUUCAGCAGCAUCACUGACUCCACCAUGUCCCUAAACAUCAUCACUGUCACACUCAACAUGGAAAAGUACAACUUCCUGGGAAUCAGCAUUGUGGGGCAGAGCAAUGACCGGGGCGAUGGUGGCAUCUACAUCGGCUCCAUCAUGAAAGGAGGGGCGGUGGCAGCGGACGGGCGCAUCGAGCCAGGGGACAUGCUGCUGCAGGUGAAUGAUGUCAAUUUUGAGAACAUGAGCAAUGACGAUGCCGUUCGGGUUUUACGGGAAAUAGUCUCCAAACCAGGACCUAUCAGCCUAACAGUAGCCAAAUGCUGGGACCCUACUCCCAGGAGUUAUUUCACCAUCCCCAGGGCUGAGCCGGUGCGGCCGAUCGACCCCGCGGCGUGGAUCUCUCAUACCACGGCCAUGACGGGAGCGUACCCCCGUUACGGUAUGAGCCCCUCCAUGAGCAUCACCACAUCUACCAGCUCCUCACUAACAAGCUCAAUUCCCGAGUCGGAAAAAUUAGAAGAAUCUCCCUUAACUGUGAAGAGUGACAUGGCUACUAUUGUCAAGGUCAUGCAGCUGCCAGACUCAGGCCUUGAAAUUCGGGACAGGAUGUGGUUAAAAAUCACCAUCUCCAAUGCAGUGAUAGGAGCAGAUGUGGUGGACUGGCUUUACACACACGUGGAAGGCUUCAAGGACCGCCGGGAGGCCAGGAAAUACGCCAGCAGCAUGCUGAAACACGGCUACCUCAGGCACACUGUGAACAAAAUCACCUUCUCAGAGCAGUGCUACUACGUCUUCGGGGACCUCUGUGGCAAUCUGGCUGCACUGAACCUCAACAACGGUUCCAGCGGCGCCUCGGACCAGGACACCCUGGCUCCACUCCCACACCCCGCUGCUCCCUGGCCCUUGGGCCAAGGAUAUCCCUACCAGUAUCCUCUGCCCCCUCCUUGUUUCCCACCAGCCUACCAAGACCCAGGCUUUAGCUAUGGCAGUGGCAGUGCAGGCAGCCAGCAAAGUGAAGGGAGCAAAAGCAGCGGCUCCAACCGGAGCACCAGCGAGACCAGCAGGAGAGGAGCGGGCAGGGAGAAGGAGCGCAAGUCCGGGGGCAGCGGCAGCGAGUCGGAGCCCGGAGCGCGCCGCGAGCGGCCGCUCAGCCAGCUCAGCCAGCGCUCGGCCAGCGACAGGAGCCACCAGAGCCACCACUCCUACGGGCCCCCGGGGGUGCCCCCCUUGUACAGCCUGCCCAAACUGGGCUCCAAGGUGCUGGGCAGCAGCGGCCCGCCCGGAGGGCCGCCGGUGCGCGAGCUGAGCGCCGUGCCGCCCGAGCUCACCGGGAGCCGCCAGUCCUUCCAGAAGGCCAUGGGCAACCCUUGCGAGUUCUUCGUGGACAUCAUGUGAGAGAGGAAGUGCCUUCAAAAGACUCUGCACAGGGUGGGUUUUUUGGUUUUUUUUCUUUGGUUUUGGCGGGUGGGUUGUGGGGCGCUCAGCUGGAAGAGGCUUGGCUGUCUUGCAUGUCACACCUUUCCGUUCGCGAGUGUGUCGCAGAAAACAAACAAACAAAAAAAAUCGACAAAACUGAACAAAAAGAAGAAAAAAAAAAAAAAAUACAAACCCCGCCCCCUUCGCCUACAAAAAUGAACAACAAAAUCUCCUGGGAUUGUUAAAUAUCAGCAAAGCGACGGCAUCUUUUCGUUACGUUUAUUUUUUCUCCCCAUCUCGUUCUGGAUUGUGAAUGGCUGGUGUAUAUUCACAUCUUAAUGAGCUUUGGUCAUCGUGGCACCUACUUCAGUGGAAUUAGUGUCUCUUUCUGGGCUGAUUGGAGGACUGGUAUUUCACAUGACUUCUAAAUUCCUGACAAUGCAUAGGAGCACUUUGAUUUUUUUUUUUUUUUCCCCUGCUUUUUCUCUUGCAAGGACAAAAGGACUGCUGGCUGGUAUCUGGGAUACUGCCUUGGAAUGCUGUGUUUUGGAUGCAUCCAUAGCUCUAAGCAGACAUGGCACCCACAAGUGCUUGGAAAGGAGCAGGAUCCACCCAAUUCCUAGAGGAGAACAAAGUUGUGGCUACUUUCUGCUGACUAGGCAGUAUAAAUCAAUCUUUCUUGGGUUCUUCAAGGGUUGUUUUUUAUUUGAGAUAUUCUAUCAAGGGAGUGCUGGAGUCUUGCUACUGUAUGUGUUCAUUGUGCAGAACUUGUAAAGUUAUUUCCUUCAGUUAUUUCCUUAUUUCCCAAGAGUGAUUUUCCAGCUGCACUCGGUUCCUGGGCAUUUCAGUCACAUCCCUGCUGCCAGGUGUGGCUGUUCCCUCUGAUGUGCACUUGCUUGCAGGUUGGAAGAGUUAUUCCCACAGAAAUAGGAAAAUGGCUGCAGUUCUGUCAGCUUUGCCCUUCUGAAGGGGCUGUUUAUCCCAUUCCAGCAGAGAAAUCCUGGCUCCCACUGGGACGUGGCUCUUCUUUGUGAGCACAAUCUUUCUCUUUUUUUUUUUGUUGAACCAGAGACCUGGAGACAUCUGACCCCCCAGGGAACAUUUCUGAGCACAGUGGGCAGAGAGGUGUGAGGGUAUCUGAGUGCAGAUCAGAAAUGAUACAAAAAGAAAUCCUUACCCUGGCACUGAGACCCUGGAGCUCCCCAGAAUAAAUCCUUACCCUGACGCUGUGUUAGACCCACUCUGGAGCUCUCCAAAAAUAAAUCCUUACCCCUGACACUGAGUUAGACCCAUUGUGGAGCUCCCCAAAAAUAAAUCCUUACCCCUGACACUGAGACCCUGGAGCUCCCCAAAAAUAAAUCCUUACCCCUGACACUGAGACCCACUCUGGAGCUCCCCAAAAAUAUAUCCUUACCCCUGACACUGUGUUAGACCCAUCCUGGAGCUCCUCAAAAAGAAAUCCUUACCCUGACACUGAGACCCACCCUGGAGCUCCCCAGAAUAAAUCCUUACACUGACGCUGUGUUAGACCCACUCUGGAGCUCCCCAAAAAUAAAUCCUUACCCCUGACACUGAGUUAGACCCAUUGUGGAGCUCCCCAAAAAUAAAUCCUUACCCCUGAUACUGAGACCCUGGAGCUCCCCAAAAAUAAAUCCUUACCCCUGACACUGAGACCCUGGAGCUCCCCAAAAAUAAAUCCUUACCCCUGACACUGUGUUAGACCCAUCCUGGAGCUCCUCAAAAAGAAAUCCUUACCCUGACACUGAGACCCUGGAGCUCCCCAGAAUAAAUCCUUACACUGACGCUGUGUUAGACCCACUCUGGAGCUCCCCAAAAAUAAAUCCUUACCCCUGACACUGUGUUAGACCCAUCCUGGAGCUCCUCAAACAGAAAUCCUUACCCUGACACUGAGAUCCACCCUGGAGCUCCCCAAAAAUAAAUUCGUACCCUGACACUGAGAUCCACCCUGGAAUUCCUCAAAAAGAAAUCCUUACCCUGAUAUUGAGACCCAUCCUGGAGCUCCCCAAAAAUAAAUCCUUAUCCUGACACUGAGACCCACUCUGGAGCUCCCCAAAAAGAAAUCCUUUUCAAAUUCUCAAAAAGAAAGCCCUGACUCCUCCUCCUGCUGAGGACCUCUGACUGAAGCACCUGCUGUUGAAUAUCCCCAGGAUUUAAUUUCUGGCUAUUUCCUGCUCUGAGGCUGUAGAAAGUGAAUUCAGGCAGCUUUGGGGAUGUUCAAGAAGCUUUUUUAAGGCGUGGUGAGCACAGCCAUGCUCCCAUGUGGCUCAUUUAUUGAGCCAGGAGCUGCAGCCACCCUGGCAUUCGACCAUGGGGCCAUUCCUCAGUUAAAUCCUCUUUUGUGAGAUCCCUACGGCUGCCAGGAUUUAGAAGAGGUGCUUUAAAAUCAGUUUUUUACUGUAAAUAAGCAUUUUCUUCACUGGUAAGAAGCUUCUUUCUGGUCUGUUCUGUGUUUUUUGGGUAAAUAUCCAAGGUGGAUGUGAAGAGAGAACAUCUUUGUCUCUGUACACACACAGUUCAUUCGUCACCCUGAAAACUGACUCUUCAAAAUGUCCAUUUCAUUCUGAUUUUUCACUCCUUUUUCCCACCUCCCUUUCUCAGAGACUCCAGAUGUUUGUGGGAAUGGGAGACUCAAUUUCUCCUUCCACAGGGAGCCAGGAAUUUGGGAAACACUCACUCAGCCCAUUUCUGGGCUUCUAAAUUAAUUUUCUUUCCUAAAACCUCCCCCCAAAAAAGCUGCCCAAAGCUUCUGAAAGCAGAGCUUUCAUCACUGCCCAUGGCUGGCUCCUCCAAAAGAGGCCCUGCCUAAAGCUUGACUGUACAACAGGACUGUGCUUUUCUUUCCCUCCUCCUCCCAGGUGCAAACCUGACUUGGUAAAUUAUUCUGAAAGAUUGACACUUAAAUCAGGGUAAAAUAGUGGUGGAAUUCUGCUCUUGUCUCCAGCAGACACUGCUGAGCAGUCUGUGACUUUACUGACAAUCACUAGUGGUUCUACUUUUAAAUUAAUUGAGAUUUUUUUUCUGGCCUCUUAUAAAUUAUGAUUUCUCUGGCCCUGUUUGUUUUAAGGCAGAACUCAGAGAGCUGGAGGAAAAAAAAAAAAAAAGAUCUCCUUUUAAUAUUUCCAAAAAGGAGAUUAAAGCUGGGAGCUGAGCUUUUCACUUGGAAAUGUUUAAUUUCCAAGAGUUGCAGUUUACACACCUGCUGGGGGUUUGGUUUUGUCUCGUGGUUUUGCUGUUGGCAGAAACUGUUCUGUGUCUUGCUGGUCUUUGCUGCUAUGUUGAAAAAUGACUUUUUUUUUUUUUAAAUGUGCGUGCUCGUGGGUCGCCCUGGGACGAGGCUGUGAGUCCCCAGCAGAUGUGGGAGUUGUCCUGAGGAAAUGAGGCUGGAGGAGCUUCCCCCAGUGCAGGGAGAGGUGCUCUGGGUGUUGUUGCAGAGGUGGAUCCUGCAGAGAGAGUAGGAGGGAGCAGUGCCCCUCUUGAACAGUGCAAUAUUGAGCAGUGACACAAAAAUCUGCAUUUCCCACCCCCCCGUGCAGAGGCUGGGCUGAAGAUCUUUGCCAGAUCUGUUUCCUCAAGGGAAGAAAAAUGAGAUUUCCCCCAUCCCAUCCUUGGCUUCCAUCCUUUGUGUCCUUCCAGCUCUGCCCUGCAGGAACCUGUGCCAGGGGAGCUGCCCUCAGUGGGAAUUGUGCCAGGGGGAAGAAAACUGGGAGGCUGGAGUGCUGCAGACCCAGCAUUUCUUACCCACCAGGGCCUGAAAUUUAAUUUGGAUGGAAUGGCUCCAGGGAGAGGUUUGCUGUGCAGGGCAUGGGAACACCCUCAGAACAGGAGCCUGAAGGAACUGGACUAAAAUAAUUCUUGCAUUGCUUUUUAAAAUCAGGUAAUUUUUAUUCUGCAGCUGAGCUCAGUGCUCGCCCCUCCCUGCAGCAGGGAUGUCUGGGGGAUCCUGGAAAAGGGGCAGGAAACACUUUGGGGUGACUUCUCCCACCCCAAGAGGCAGGAUCUGCUGGGGGAGUGUCUCCAGCCAGUAUCUGAACCCUUAAGAGGAAAUUUUUUUGGCAAAUAGUCUUAAAAGCAUGCUGGUGUCUUUUACCUCCUGUUAAUGAAUCUGCUUUUCCAAGGAAUCAGUGCCCUGGACACUUUAUCCAAAGGUUUUAUUGGAUGGCAAGCAAUGAUGCACACACGUUGACUUUUGCUAUGAUUUUUGUCCUCUCUGAUUUUUGUUCUCUCCCCUCCUGAGACUUGACAGCUCAUGGGUUGAUGUAAUUGUUUUGGUUUUUUUUUUUUUUUUUUUUUUUUGUUUUUUGUUUUUUUUUGUUUUGUUUUGUUUUGUUUUGCAUUUAACUGGAUUGUAAUAAGAUUGACUUAAAAUUAUUAAUUCUAAUCAGUGAUUAGAAAUACAUGUAAAGAAUUUUAUGUACAGUAGAGGAACAAAGUUACAUGAUUUUAAAGAAUGAAAACCCAGACUAUCACCUGUCCUAGAACUGGUUCUACUCCAAGAGUGACCUCUUAUUAGCAUGGACUGCACUGUUCCUGUUAAAUGUCUAUUGCAUAAUUGAAUUCUUUUUUGUAGAUAUUGUAUUAAAACCCAAGUGUCUGUAUAGUUAAUAUAUAGCUGCUUAUGUGUAAAUGCUAUUUUAAACACUAAAAAGCUUUUAAUUUUAUGUGAUAA